AUGAGCAUCAAUCUCUGUGAAUAUCUACCAAUAUUAUCAAGAUAAGACAAAUAAUAAGCCGUUAAUGAAUUAAGUAAAUCAAAUUCUAUAAUUUAGAAUCUAAAGAUACUGAAACAUUAAUAAAUUUAAUAUAUGGAUUAUAUGAUGAAACAUAGAGACUUAUUAAAUUAAUGCCACCUCCUAAUAAAGGUAUGGAAAAAUCUUUUUAAGCUCAAAAUAAUAAUGAUGAAAAAUACUAAGAGUUAAGUUCUAGGUUUGCUAACUUAAUGUCGGACUAUUAAGGCUUAUUCUACAAUUAUCAUUAAAAUUUUUAAAAUCAUACUCAAAUUAUAAAUGCUUGUUACAGUUUCAUAGCAAACCUCUAAUAAUAAGCCUAAUAAUUAUAACAAAAGUUAGUUACUCAUUCAGAGCAAAUUAUUAGAUUAUAAGGAGAUAUUAAUUUAGAGAUUAUUUCAGAUUAAGAAUAUAAAUAAAUUAAUGAAUUAAAUAAAACAUCUAAAGAUAUUUAAUAAGAAAGAUCCAAUUUAUUAAUUUCUCUAGAAUAAUUACAUCAUUAAAAUGUUUCUUAAAAUCAGGAAAUUUAUUAAGAAAAAAUUUCUCAAGAUUAAAUCCAAAACAUAAUUGUUUUAAUUAAAUAAUUUCAAAGCAAAACANUUUUAGCUGUAUAUGCUAUUGAUUCACAUGUUGUAAAUCCUGCAUCUUUUAAUCUCUAUAUAUCUACUCCACCAAAACCUGGAAUUGCUAACUUCUCUAAAGAAGUAUAACUUAUUGCAUCUUAAUACUCAUCUUCCUCUACUUAUUCAUUUUACUACUUAAGCAUCUUUUAUUUUACUUCAAAUUUAAAUUAUAUUUUCUGCCAAAAUUAUUUUCAAACUAAAUACUUUUUUUCCUUAUCAUUAUUCUUUUCUAUUCAAAUUUUAUUUAUUUAUUUCUAUUCUAUUUUACUUCAUUAUUUAUCGAUUUUAUACUUUUAAUAUUUUUAUUAUUUAUUUCAACAUAAUUCAACUACCAAAAGCUUCCUUCCUAAAUGCAUAUUUUGUAUUUUGCUAUUUUUUUUUAAUAGAAUAGUUUACUAAAAAAACUUUAUUUAUUUUAAUUUUUUUAAUAUAUAUAUAAAAUUUAUGAGCAUCAAUCUCUGUGAAUAUCUACCAAUAUUAUCAAGAUAAGACAAAUAAUAAGCCGUUAAUGAAUUAAGUAAAUCAAAUUCUAUAAUUUAGAAUCUAAAGAUACUGAAACAUUAAUAAAUUUAAUAUAUGGAUUAUAUGAUGAAACAUAGAGACUUAUUAAAUUAAUGCCACCUCCUAAUAAAGGUAUGGAAAAAUCUUUUUAAGCUCAAAAUAAUAAUGAUGAAAAAUACUAAGAGUUAAGUUCUAGGUUUGCUAACUUAAUGUCGGACUAUUAAGGCUUAUUCUACAAUUAUCAUUAAAAUUUUUAAAAUCAUACUCAAAUUAUAAAUGCUUGUUACAGUUUCAUAGCAAACCUCUAAUAAUAAGCCUAAUAAUUAUAACAAAAGUUAGUUACUCAUUCAGAGCAAAUUAUUAGAUUAUAAGGAGAUAUUAAUUUAGAGAUUAUUUCAGAUUAAGAAUAUAAAUAAAUUAAUGAAUUAAAUAAAACAUCUAAAGAUAUUUAAUAAGAAAGAUCCAAUUUAUUAAUUUCUCUAGAAUAAUUACAUCAUUAAAAUGUUUCUUAAAAUCAGGAAAUUUAUUAAGAAAAAAUUUCUCAAGAUUAAAUCCAAAACAUAAUUGUUUUAAUUAAAUAAUUUCAAAGCAAAACAGAAAAAUAUCUUUAAGCUUCACAGAACUUUCUUGAAUAAUUAUAAUCAGAAAACUAACGUGAAAUUCGCAAGUAAGUAAUUCAUAAUUAAUAAAUUUUAUAAUACAAUAUUGCUGUAUUUAAAAAAUUAGAAUUAAUUUUACCUGUUUUUAUAACUGAAAUAAAAUAAUUUUAAGAAUAAGCAGACUAAUAUAAAAUUUAAUUAGAAAAGUAAAAGAAACUUACUAAAAUUUAUCUCUAAAAGAUUGAAGAAUAUAAAAAGUAGAACGAAGAAAUCAUUAAAGCUAAAAUUGAAAAGAAUUUAUAAAGUAAUCUAAAUUUAUAUUUUAGGAAUAUACCCUUACGAUAAUUAAAAAUCAAUAGAAAUAUUUUAUAAAAUCUAAACAUCCUUUUUUUCUUUAGCAAUUAUUCUUAUUGAUUAACAACAUUUUUAAGAAUCCCCUGAUCUAACAAAAGUAUUAUAAAUAUUGAAAGGUUAAACUUAAUCUAAAAAUAAACUUGAAAACUAUACGUCACUUUUUGAAUAUUCAAAAAAAUUAAAAACUGAUCUUUUUGAACUUACAAAUUUUAUCAGAAAGAACAAUAAGUUAGAGGAAAUUUUAAUAUCUUUAGAUUAAUUUUAUAAAGCAUACUUUGAACUGAUUAAACAAUUAUCUCAAUGA